UCCCCAUUGGCAACAACCAGAAACUGAAUCAUCACUUAUUGAUACAAAGAGAGAAGAAAGUUUGAAGGUAACACCAUCACCAUGGCUUCUCUUGCUACCUUAGCUGCUGUUCAACCAGCUGCAAUCAAUGGUCUUGCUGGAAGUUCCCUUAAUGGAACUAAGCUCUCCUUCAAGUCCUCUCGCCAGAGCAUCAAAUCCAAGAACUUCAGCAAACAUUGCAGGAAUGGUGCUGUGGUAGCAAAGUAUGGUGACAAGAGUGUGUACUUUGAUUUGGAGGAUAUUGGUAACACUACAGGACAGUGGGACUUGUAUGGUUCAGAUGCACCUUCACCUUACAACUCUCUUCAGAGCAAGUUCUUUGAGACAUUUGCUGCUCCAUUCACAAAGAGGGGAUUGUUGCUCAAGUUUCUGAUCUUGGGAGGUGGUUCCACCCUCGCAUACUACAGUGCCACAGCUUCUGGUGACAUUCUACCAAUCAAGAAGGGCCCUCAACUUCCACCAAAGCUCGGUCCUCGUGGCAAGAUCUAAUUACUAUCACUUCAGAACUUCAUCUAUUGAGUUCUUUUUUCUUUUUUUCUCUUGCAUAAUGUGUAAGUAUGCGUACAGCUAUUCAAAGAUGUUAAUUUCCAAUUUCCAAUCUAAUUGAGUGGCACUGCUAUGAUGUUAA